AUGGCAUCAGCAUCUCCAGACUCGUACGAGGUACGAGAGACGGCGAACCUGGCCAAGGUCAUGGGCCCCGAUGAGAAUAGCUAUACGGCGUCCGCGAAGCGCAUCCCGAUGCCCGACGGUGUCGAGUUGGCCGGCGACUUCUACCAGCCCGAUCUCCCGGCGGGCCGCAAGCCACACGGGCUCAUCUACGUGCUCUGCCCCUAUGGCCGCGCGGGCGUCAUGACCCUCACCAACGCUAAGGCCUUCGCUGGGCGCGGAUACAUGGUCCUCCUGGUCAGCUGUCGCGGCACGGCCGGCUCAGGGAGCGUCUUUGUUGCGGCCAUGACGGAGCAGGCAGACUCGCAGGCCGUCGUCAAGUGGAUGCGCCAGCAGCCCUACAUGGGCUACGUCCAGUGGGCGCUGCUGCGAGAUCCGCCCGAGGACCUCGUCGCGUCCGUCAACCUGUGCAGCGUUUUCGGCAACUCGCUGCUUGUCUGGACAAACGGCGCGUAUCGUAUGGACCGUAUUUCCUGGUCCCACAUGGUCGCCAGGCAGGAUCAGAUCACUAGCGCCGGAUGCUCGAGCAUACUCGACCCGAUGAAACUGAUGUUGACCAUGCAGGCCACCCCCAUUUCCGAAGCGGCGGAGAAGUUCUUCGAAGGGAGGGCGUCUUACGCACUGGAUGCCAUGAAAACUCCAAAUGUCGAUGACCCUUUCUGGGCCCAGGCCAAGCACCGCGCAGCUCUUGAACACAUCAAGAUACCCUUGCUCCUCCGGGGCGGGUGGUACGAUACCUUGACAGUUCAGACCAUGGCAGCGUACGCUCGCGUACGCGACCGCGGCAUCAAGGUCUACCUGACAGUCGGAUCAUGGACGCAAAUCGAGGCCUGCGGGACGAAUGCGAUGCCCGAGGUCUUCGAUUUCUUGGAUGAGUACUUCACAGGCCGGAAAAAGGACCACCGCCCGCUUUCGGUCAGGGUCUUUUACCUCCACGGCGACAAGACUAUCGAUGAACAACUCCCGGCAGCCGACUCGCCCCCUGCAUCCUUCACCUACGAUCCCCACAACCCCACACCGACAGUUGGCGGGCCCCUGAUGGCCCGCGGCGGACGGGUGGACGAUAGUGUCUACACUUCGAGACCCGACGUCCUCGUCUACACGAGCCCACCGCUGACCCAGGACGUCAAAAUGAUGGGCAAGCCCGUCGACGCUCAGGGCGGCAUGUUUUCGCUCGCGCUGGUGGAUCGAGCGCACGUAUUCAAGAAGGGCACGCGUAUCAGGGUGAUAGUAGCCGGCGGCUCCUUCCCCCUGAUAGCGCGGAAUCCGGGGACGGGGGUGAACCGAACUCUGGCGGAAGAGCUCAAGGCCGUGACGCACACUGUUCAGCAUGGGAGUAGGGUCUCGAUGCUCAUUCUGCCAUGUUCGGUUUGA